CUCUCCGCUCCCCUCGCAGCCUCCACCUCCCUUCCCUCGGCCCCUUCCUCCUCUCUGUUUCGGCUGGAGGUGCCGGGACCCCUGGCCGCAGCCUCCCCUCCCCCGCCGCUCCCGUCCCUUCUCGUCCGGCCCUCCCUCCCCCGCCGCGACCGGCACAGCCAAUCCCCCGAGCGGCCGCCAACAUGCUCUUUGAGGGCUUGGAGCUGGUGUCGGCGCUGGCCACCCUCGCCGCGUGCCUGGUGUCGGUGACGCUGCUGCUGGCGGUGUCGCAGCAGCUGUGGCAGCUGCGCUGGGCUGCCACCCGCGACAAGAGCUGCAAACUGCCCAUACCCAAGGGCUCCAUGGGCUUCCCGCUCAUCGGAGAGACCGGCCACUGGCUGCUACAGGGUUCUGGUUUCCAGUCCUCGAGGAGGGAGAAAUAUGGCAACGUGUUCAAGACUCACUUGUUGGGUAGGCCGCUGAUACGCGUAACCGGCGCGGAGAACGUGCGCAAGAUUCUCAUGGGCGAGCACCACCUCGUGAGCACCGAAUGGCCCCGCAGCACUCGCAUGCUGCUGGGCCCAAAUACCGUGGCCAACUCCAUUGGCGACAUCCACCGCAACAGACGCAAGGUCUUCUCCAAGAUCUUCAGCCACGAGGCGCUGGAGAGCUACCUGCCGAAGAUCCAGCUGGUGAUCCAGGACACGCUGCGUGCCUGGAGCAGUCACCCGGAGGCCAUCAAUGUGUACCAGGAGGCCCAGAAGCUGACCUUCCGCAUGGCCAUCCGUGUGCUGCUGGGCUUCAGCAUCCCGGAAGAGGACCUCGGUCAUCUCUUUGAGGUCUACCAGCAGUUUGUGGAGAACGUCUUCUCCCUGCCCGUUGACCUGCCCUUUAGUGGAUACCGGCGGGGCAUUCAGGCCCGGCAGAUCCUUCAGAAGGGACUGGAGAAGGCAAUUCGGGAGAAGCUGCAGUGCGCCCAGGGCAAGGACUACUCGGACGCCCUGGACAUCCUCAUCGAGAGCAGCAAGGAGCACGGGAAGGAGAUGACCAUGCAAGAACUGAAGGACGGGACCCUGGAGCUGAUCUUUGCAGCCUAUGCCACCACCGCCAGCGCCAGCACCUCCCUCAUCAUGCAGCUGCUGAAGCACCCGGCUGUGCUGGAGAAGCUGCGGGAGGAGCUGCGAGCCCAGGGCAUCCUGCACAGCGGCGGCUGUCCCUGCGAGGGCACGCUCUCCCUGGACAUGCUUAGUGGGCUGCACUACCUGGACUGCGUCAUCAAGGAGGUCAUGCGCCUCUUCACGCCCAUCUCUGGUGGCUAUCGCACCGUGCUGCAGACCUUCGAGCUUGACGGUUUCCAGAUCCCCAAAGGCUGGAGUGUCAUGUACAGCAUCCGGGAUACCCACGACACGGCCCCGGUGUUCAAAGAUGUGAACGUGUUCGACCCGGACCGCUUUGGUCAGGCGAGGAGUGAAGACAAGGAUGGCCGCUUCCAUUACCUCCCAUUUGGCGGUGGCGUCCGGACCUGCCUGGGCAAGCACCUGGCCAAGCUCUUCCUGAAGGUGCUGGCGGUGGAGCUGGCCAGCACUAGCCGCUUUGAGCUGGCCACCCGGACCUUCCCCCGCAUUACCUUGGUCCCAGUGGUGCACCCCGUGGACGGCCUCAGUGUCAAAUUCUUUGGCCUGGACUCCAACCAGAACAAGAUCCUGCCAGAGACAGAGGCCAUGCUGAGCGCCACGGUCUAGGCGCGCCGGCCCACCCCCGGCCUCCACCCGGCCAGGCUUGCGGGUGGGAGAGGGUGGAAAGGUAGAAACCUGUGUGUGGGAGGGGCUGACCCUGGAGACCGGGGAGCAGCCCCUCGGACUCGCCCUGGGCGUCCCCGUCCCUGGCAAGCCCUUCCCAAAGCCCAGAGGGCCCAGUCUGUCUGGGAAGUGAGGGCGCUCUGCCUGGCUCCUGCUUCUGUCCAGUCUCUUCCCGGUUCCCUCCAGCUUAGCUCCUGGAAAGGGCAUGGCCGGGCCCCGCAUGCCAGUUACAGUGUUAAAUGUCAGUUGGCUUGUGCUGCAGCAUUGCUUGUGAUAUUCUGAACUGGUCCCUCCCCUCCUAUUUCUUUGAACCCUGUAAUUCUGAGGGCAGGUGGUCAACGCCAGGGAGGGAGGAAAGAGGUGGCCUCUUUGGCUCUCUUCAGACCCCUUCCCCUCCUCCUGCUUUGGCUGGAAGUUGGGGGGGCGGUGGAGAGUGCCCCUCCUGGGGUGGCUGCCCAGGGCCACAUCCUGAGAACAGAAUGCCAGGGCUGGGGCUGCAGUCAGCCCGUGAAAUGACCUAUUGCUGCUACUAUUUCUCUUCUCUGACCUUGGGGUAAAGGCGCCCCACGCUCUGUCCUUUCAGCGUUCUCCCUGGCAGCCCUGGGCAUGCGCACUGACGUCCCCACUCCCCACCUGGAGGCCCAGAGACCCCUUUGUUACACAUGCAUCUGAGGCUGUUGGCUCUUGGGCUGCUCCCUGUGGCUCCCCACCCCCCAGCCCCUAUAUUUAUUCACUGAUGUAACCAAGUCUUGGCAUUACUGGGGUCUGGAGCAAGUGUUUCCUGUCCCUUAGUCUUGGUCCCAGGCAGAAAAUCUGCAAGUAGCCUACCUUCCUUCCAGACUGCAGACUUUUUGUGGGUUCAACCUCAGAGCCUCACUUCCAGGGUGAAACUCAGCACCUCUGCCUUUGUUCCCUGAUGGAGAUGGGGAAAUGGCCCACGGCCUCCUCUGUCAAAAAUCCCAAUCACUGAUCGCAUGGGGAUUUGGAGGCUGCUGCCAAGAUCCCUUGCCUGGCCAAUAAGCACCCCAGUGGCCCCACUCCAGCUAGUGAGUAUGGGGCAAGGAUACGGGUUCUUUCUUCUGGUGGGAGCAAAGGCCUCCGUCACCCCUUCUUUAACCUUUACAUUCUGUCUUUGGCCCUUGGAAAGGGCCUUUCCGUGAUGGCCUUUCUGCCUCUUGCCACUGUCUGCCUAGUCCAGCUCAGGAGUGUGGGACGAUGAAGGCAAGGGGAGGUGAGUCUAGGAGGGAGCCCGUCCUCAGCGCUGUGUCAGCCAGUCCUCCACAGGUCUGAGGCAGCUGAGGGUGGCGGCAGGGGAGGUGAGGAGGAGGAGGGUACGUGCGAUUUGUCAGAAGAGAUUUGCUUGAAAAUUGGCCAGUCGGGGUGACUGGGGAUAGGGGAGUAGCUCCUGCCACUGACAUUUUGAGUGUUGGCAAUUUGGGGUGCCUCCUGGGGAUGGGUUGGGAGCCUUGGGUGAGUCUAGCAAUUUUUGUCCGUUUUCAGGUUUUCUCUUUGUUUUCUGUGUUUCUCUACUCACUUUUGAUGUUCUAAAAGCAAGAGUCCUCUUGAUAAGAAAAUCAAAACCACACAGAAGAAUGCAAGACUUCCAGCCCCUAGCUGCUGCUUUGAGAACUGACCACGUGAGCUGCUCAGUUUCAGCGGGCAGAGGCCAGACUCCCACUGUCACCCCAGUUCACACCUACCUUCUGGUACACUUUAUAAGAUGAGGUUCAGACCAGAUAGAUUGCUCUAGAAUCCCCUGUCCUCAAGUGUUUCACCUGGCUCCUCCUCUUUCAUGAUUAAAAAACAGCGUAGGACAGACAUUAUUGGCAAAAAUGGACAUCUAAAAACUUUUUAGUGAGAUCUUUCAACCCGCCUCCCCUAACACACACCUCAUCCUAAAAAACAGGCAAAAAUGUGUGAAGAUGCAUCAAAGCUCGCGAAAUCAGCUACGUGAUGGACUAGAAUCCGUUACUCACAAAGGCUCAGUGUCUGGCAGGUCGGCUCUCCUUUCAGCUGGCCUAGGGUGUCCUGACCAGUGGUGUUGACUGAGUGUCUAGGAAUACAGUGAAUGCAGCUUCAGGCUGGAAGUCCCCAGCCGGGGCCCUGGAGUGAGGAGGAAGGCCGGACGGCUCCGGGGAGCCUCAGUGGCUGUCCCUGGGGUGACCAGCCCCCCGGG